AUGUUUAUCAGUGGCCAUUUUAACUUUCCAGUUUCUCAAUCAAAUAUUCAUUUGCCAAUUCUGAAGUGCAUCCUGCGAGUGGACUCCAGGUGUUCUCACACCAUAGUGAGCAAGAAGGUGUGCCAAAUCGGGAAGAAACAAAGCACUGACACCAUAACGAUUAGCAGCGGAAUGUGGCUGUGCAGACUUUUCUUUCCUUCAUAUUUCUUCUUCAUCUUUUUAUUCUUCAUUGCGAUUUUUCACUUUCUAUUUUUUCUUUUCCCAUUCUUACAUAUUUUCUUUUACAAAAAUUCAUUCUUUGAUUCUACUUCUUCAUUAAAGUUUCUCACUUUCUAUAUUUUUAAUUUUUUUCACAAAAAUCUCCUUUUCUUCUUUAUAAUUUGUAACUUUUUUUUUUCUCUAUUCUUUUGUUUUUCCACUACAAAAUCAAUCGAUCUUUCUUUCAAUCUUUCUUCUUCAACUUCAUUACAAUUUGUUACUUUCUUCUUUUUUUCUUUUCUUCAACAUCAUCUUAUUUUUCUUUCCUCAUUGAAUUUCUCUCUUCUUUAUUGCAUUCAUUCUUUCUUUCCUUCCCAAUCUCUUUGUUUUGGGCUACUGAACAAAAUAGCUAUUUUUUUUUAA